CUCACUUUUCGUUUUCUCAUCUAUGUAUUCUCCGUGAUUUGAGUGGGAAGUAUUCAUAGAGGAAGGAGUAAGAAAUGUGAAAACUUGUAAUGAUUCGCAUGCUAUUCGCAUAUCAAUUCAGACUACAUCACCGAAACAGGUUUUGAAAUAGGACGCGUCUUCAUAUUCUAGAGGCUUGCCCCACAUUUCCGUCAUCUAGGCCGAAGUCCGCUGAAUCCCCAGCAAACGCCGAGAAUUGGCCGCGCCGCCUUAAAUAUUCCUUCCAAAAUGAAGUCAACCCUCACUGCACCCAUUGCAACCCAGAAUCAUGGCAUCCCGCAGCCACUUGACGUCGGUGGUGAGAGAGCUCGGACUUUUGUCGAUAUGGAACUCGCCCCUCGAUGUUAAGCUGCUAUGUAUCCAACGGUUCGUCAGGCUGUUCGCCUAUGGCGCAACGACGCUGGUCCUUGUGCUGUACCUAUCGGAAUUGGGCAUCUCAGAUCAGCAGAUUGGAGUUUUCAUGACUCUGACACUUUUCGGGGAUGUUUUUAUUAGCCUCUUCCUCACCAUGUUUGCCGACAGGAUAGGACGGAAGGAUGUCCUCGCCCUAGGGGCCGUAAUGAUGACUGGAAGUGGUAUUGCCUUUGGUCUCAGCGGUAACUACUGGGUGCUUCUCGCGGCUGCUAUAUUUGGAGUCAUCAGCCCAAGUGGAAAAGAGGUUGGCCCAUUCCGUGCGAUUGAAGAGUCAACCCUUGCGCACCUGACAGAGAAAGAAGUACGAGCGGAUAUUUUCGCUUGGUACACUCUAAUUGGGGCUGGGGGCUAUGCAUUCGGGCUACUUGUCUGCGGAUGGAUGGUAGAGGUACUAAAAGCACUAGACGGGUGGGAUGAUAUCCGCGCGUACAGAAUCGUUUUCUUCUCAUACUCCGUGUUUGGGGCAAUGAAGCUUUUACUUAUUCUUGCUCUGAGCAAGGAUUGUGAGGCCAAGCCUGAGCCACCUCAGGAGCGGCCCCACGAAGAAGCACCUCUGUUGGGUCCCGCAGAACCAAACAAGCCCCGUCGAUCGUUCUUUGGGGCCUUCUCUCACAUCAGCCACGAAAGCUUGGCUGUACUGUUGCAGUUGUGUCUCCUGUUCGGGCUUGACUCCUUUGCGAGUGGUUUGAUUCCGCUCUCGUGGGUCACGGUCUUUUUCCAGAGGAAGUUUGGCAUCACAGAUGGCUUCCUUGGGACUAUAUUCUUUACCACGAACAUUAUCGCAGCCCUUUCGACCCUAGUCGCGGCUUCUCUUGCAAGGAGAAUUGGCAAUGUCAAGACCAUGGUAUUCACUCACCUCCCUUCGGCUGUAUUUGUCGCCUUCAUCGCAAUUCCCUCCCAGAUGCCUCUUGCUCUGACCUUCCUUAUCCUACGCUCCUGCACCCAAUCUAUGGAUGUGGCGCCUCGGUCCGCCUUUCUCGCUGCCAUUAUCCUCCCAAACGAGCGUACGGCAAUAAUGGGAAUUCUAAAUGUUGUUAAGACGUUCACGUCCGGGCUUGGCCCCGGACUCACAGGAGUGCUCUUUGAUCAUGAUCUAGCAUGGACCGUAUUUGUAGCGGCUGGAUCUCUAAAGGUGAUUUAUGAUUUGGGUAUGUUGGCAGUCUUCAAGGGUCAUGAAAGUCGGGAAGACAAGCCGGUCAGGCCAGCCGACGAGGAGACAUAGUGUUUAAGGGAGUGGUGGUAGAUGGAGGUUAUCUCGCGACUAUUUUUUGUGCAAUUUGUAUGUAUCAUCCACGCUGUAUCUAGAUUGCCUUAUUAUCAACGUUGUAUUACAAGCUCCCCUUCA